CUUUAACUUGCCUGCUUACCCAUCGUUGCUCAUUUCUUGUUAACCAGACCGUCAAAAUGACAUUAAGGAUUGGCUAUGUUCGGGAACACUUCUCAUCUCCCCUCCUUCAAUUCGCGGAAGACGACCAAGAACAAACUUUUAGUCUCGUCGAAUGUCCCAGUGGAACAGGCCAAUUGAUAUCUCGACUGACAAAUGACGAGAUUGAUGUAGCGAUUGCACUUACAGAUCCUCUCAUCUCCGGAAUUGCGAACGGUUCAAAAGCUUACAAGCUGGUGGGAAGCUAUGUGUCUACUCCGUUGAACUGGGCGGUGAUCGCAGGCAAAGAAUCACAAUACAACAACAUUUCAGAUCUCAAGGAUACUACCAUUGGUAUCUCACGCAUCGGAAGCGGGAGUCAGACCAUGGCAUAUGUCAUGGCCCUCCAGCAAGAUUGGCCUUCCCAAGGCAUGAAAUUCAGAGUGAACAACGAUAUCCGGGGGCUUAUCACAUCUGUCAACGAGGGAACUUCCAGUGCAUUCAUGUGGGAAUGGUUUACAACGAAACCAUUCUUAGAUGCAGGCGAAGUAAGAUUUAUUGGAUCUGUACCCACGCCGUGGCCAUCUUGGUUGAUUGCUGCACAACCAUCGGUGUCGUCAGAUUCUCUCAAAGCAUUCCUAAGCACGCUGUCGACAUACGUUCGUUCCUUUGACUCGCCUGAGAACCGGUCCGGUAAGAAUGUCGAAUUCGUCAAGGCGAAGUUCGGGUACCCGGAAAACGAUAUAGUGGAUUGGCAGAAUACUGUCGGUUACCCAGACGAUUGCCUGUCAAUUUCCAAGGAAGUUAUCUCUGAAACUUUGCGAGUUCUCGAAAAUGCUGGAGUGGUAACAGCACCCGAGGGCGGAUUUGACAUUGGUAAUUUCAUAAAACCUGACGUCGUCAAAUUGAUAGACUAGACUUCUCAUCGCUGCGAACGGUCAUCUGGUUUCCUGCUCUGCAUCGGCUCAUGAUCAAGCUGGUGGUUUCCUGUUUGUCGCCUCUGUCGUUUACGUCCGGGCAGGGAAAACCAGAAGUUCUAUGUUUAACUCCAAUGUCAGAAUAAGCUAAACAUUGACUUGAUGUGUGUAUGUAUGAACAUAAUUUUGUCCGUAUUAUUGCGAAAAGAACAGAACAGAGCUAAACCACUGUACGUC